AUGUGUAGAAAGUGUCGUGACCGACCAUCAUGCGUCGAGAGCUUGCCGGGUGUUCUUUCCAUCACCAGUUCUGACAUCAGAGCCAGACUGACGGAAAGUGCGUGGGGUGGGGUUCAAGCGAUGCCUGAAGCUCAGCGUUCCAUCAAUAAAUCCCAAAUCGAUCAUGCAACUCGAUUACAUGUAGACAGCAAUUAG